UGGCGCUUAUUCUCGCAUUAAUUCAAGAAGAAGAAGAUGAAUAUUUUCAGUUGAUGAUGGAAGCUGCUCGAAUUGCUGCAAAUGAGUGGAUGGAGAUGGAGGAAGGAGUGGGGUUAGGUAAGCUUUGGUUGAUACUAAUGUUGGAAAUUUUCGUUCUUGCUAUUACGUUACCGCUCACUUUUAAUUCAACAGACGAGUUGGAGUCCUGGCAGCAUGUUACUGUGAACAUAGAUGAUUACCACAACAUGAAUGAUAGGUGUUUUAGAUUGCACUUUAGAAUGUCUAAGCAUGUCUUUGGAAGGUUAGUUCAAAUCAUUGAACAGCAUUUAGAAGAAACUGGUAGGCUCCGAAGGCGCAGGACCCCUCUUCGAGACAUUGUAUUAAUGGUGGUGUGGCAGCUAGCAACGCCUGACACUUUUAGAAGUGUUGCCCUCAGAUUUGGAGUGACCCCAAGCACGCUAUAUUAUUUCUAUUCUUAUAUAAUUCAGGCUCUCAGAGAAAUGGCUGGAAAGUACAUUGUGUGGCCAAAUGAAGAAGAGCGUGUACAAAUAUCAGAAACUUUCAGGGUAGCCACUGGAUUUCCUGGUGUCGUAGGCAGUGUUGAUGGUACCCAUGUGUAUGUUACGGCUCCAGUUGAAAAUGCAGCAGCAUACAAGAACAGAUUUCUAAGUCACAGUAUACUUGUCCAAGCUGUUGUAGACAGCACGCUACUUGUAAGGGACUUUUCUGUUGGAGAACCCGGCAGUAUGAAUGAUAAUAGAGUUUUCCGUAGAAGUGAACUGUUCCGAGACAUUUUGGCUGGAGAAAGACUGAGUCAAGGAGAAUUUCUGGUUGGGGAUGGAGCUUACACUUUAUCUGAAUUUGUAAGGACAGACUUGAUUUCCUUUCUAUUUAUUGUGAAUCAAAACAGUGCUUAA